AUGUCUAGUCCGCUUUCCUUGAGUUCGACCGUCUUGAUCGUCGGUGCAGGGACUUGGGGAGUUUCUACGGCUUUGCACCUGAAAAGACGAGGAUACAAGCACGUCACCCUUCUCGACCCCUACCCUGUACCGUCUCCCAUAUCCGCUGGCAACGAUGUCAACAAGAUUCUCGAGCUGGGCACUUUUGCUGCUGGCGCCGACUCGGACGAACGUUUCGUCGCAAACACCUUGAUCAAUGAAGCAACUAGAGGAUGGCUCGAAGAUCCUGUAUUCAGGCCUUACUUUCACGAGACUGGCUGCAUCAUCGCUGCUACUUCAGAGGCCGGACGUGCUCACAUGAACUCUGCCAGCGGUCCAAGUGAGGAUGCAGGAUGGCUACCCCUCAAGACGAAAGAAGAUUUUCAUGCAACUAUGCCCAAAGGUGUUCUCACCGGAGACUUUCCUGGCUGGGAGGGCUGGUGGAUGAAGAAAGGCUCUGGAUGGAUACACGCCAGAAAGUCUAUGGAGAGUGCGGCCAGAGAAGCAGAACGUCUGGGAGCAGUCUUUGUAACUGGAGACGAAAAGGGCAAGGUCGAGAGCCUCAUCUUCGAGGACGGUGAUGUAAAAGGAGCUAAGACACAAGAUGGGGUCGAACACAGAGCAGACCGUACCAUACUUUGUGCCGGUGCAAACGCAGGAAUCAUCUUUGACAUGAAGGACCAACUGCGACCCACAGCCUGGACUCUAGCCCAUAUCAAGAUGACAAAGGAGGAGUUACAGCUGUACAAGAAUCUGCCAGUCCUGUUCAACAUCGAACGAGGUUUCUUUAUGGAGCCCGACGAGGACAAGGGUGAGCUAAAGAUGUGCGAUGAACAUCCCGGCUACUGUAACUGGACGGUUGAUCCACAGAACUCUCAACGAUCCAGUGUGCCUUUCGCAAAGCAUCAGAUCCCAAAAGAGGCAGAAGAAAGAGCUCGAGGCUUCCUUCGCGAGACGAUGCCACAUCUUGCUGAUAGACCAUUUAGCUUUGCACGUAUCUGUUGGUGUGCAGAUACUCCCAACCGUGCCUUUUUGAUCUCUAAACAUCCUGAGUAUCCCAGCCUUGUGCUUGGAUGUGGUGCCUCAGGUCAUGGCUUCUGUCACAUCCCAGUCAUCGGUGGAUUUAUCACAGAUGCCAUGGAGGACAAACUAGAACCUCGUAUGAAGCAUAGCUUCCGUUGGCGUCCAGAGACGGCCGUAAAUCGCAAAUGGGAUGAUUUGCAAGAUAGAUUUGGGCCUGAAGGAUCGAACAGGAUGAUGAACUUCGGAGACAUCGUAGAAUGGACGAAUAUUCAACCCGAGAUAGCGGAAGCCAGGCUCUAG